UCUCAUUUGAUCCUCCAACCCUCAGCCCCGGAGGGACUCGCGACUUUUUUCUAACUUUUCUAUCAUUUUUAAAUUUUUCUUUUGAUUAAUUAGUGAGUUCUUGACUUCUUUCUAUGUACUGUGUGGAAAUUACAAGUGUCGUAGGAAUUAAGUGUUCAUGUGCUCAUAUAUGGUUUUAUUUAUCGCUUGAGACCAAUUUUAGUUCUUGAUUUUUGGAUCUGUGCCACCCUCGGAGGGACUAACAAAAUGUACAAGUCGGUGGCCCAAAAACUGCGAUUUCUCUACAAACCCUACGCUUUAGCGAUAGUUUCGAUCGGAUAUGUUCUCGGCGAGUUGGGGCAUUAUUUAAUUGGUGUUACAAGCAAGGCGACGGCAAUGGAUUUGCACUAUGGUGAUAUAUCCUGCCAGCUAAAUUCCACAAAUUUCUCGCUGAUUGAACUUCCGGUUCAAUGUGAAGCUGCAAACAAUUCGGAAUAUUGUGUGUCUCUCGAAUUAAAUGGAACGAAUUACUGUGAAUGGAGUUACAAUGGACUCGGAAUUGACUAUCAAAUUCUCGCUGGACCGAGUUUCAUUGCGGUUUUCACAGUUGUCGGGGUUAUUCUCGGUUUUGCAGCGGACAAGUACAAUAGGGUGCGGCUGUUGGCAAUUUGUACAUUUGUAUUCAGCAUAGCAAUUAUCCUAAUGGGUACAGUUAAAGAAUACUGGCAUCUCGUCCUCCUCCGAAUGAUCCUAGCCGCUGGAGAGGCUGCUUGUAACCCUAUGUCAACUGGUCUCAUCUCCGAUUGGUUUGAUGAAGAUCAACGAGGUCUGGUUAUGUCAAUUUUUAAUUGGGGAAUUUAUGGAGGAUAUGGCAUCGCUUUUCCAGUUGGUCGAUACGUACCUGAUAUGAAUGCAUGGGGUCUAGGAUGGAGGGUAUGUUACUUUGGGGCUGGAAUUGUCGGAAUAAUUCUAGCUUUACUCACUGGAUUUACAUUAACAGAACCAGAGAGAAAAACAAUAGGAGAGGAAGCAACAACUGAUGGAAAAAAGGUUUCCAUUUGGAAAGUCAUUCUCCAACCACGUAUUGUCCUUUUGUGCCUUGCAGCAAGCAUCAGACAUUGCGGUGGUAUGUGCUUCGCCUACAACUGCGAUUUGUACUACAGGGAUUAUUUUCCCGAUUACGAUCUUGGAUGGUGGCUUUUUGCCGUAACAAUCGUGGUUGGUAGUAUUGGUGUGGUGGUAGGUGGAGUCAUAAGUGAUAAAUUCGUGGCAAAAAUGGGUAUCAGGUCGAGAGUUGCUGUUCUGGCAAUUAGUCAAUUGAUAGCUACACCCUUUGCUUUUGGAUCCGUCUACUUUAGCCCUCUUGGGGCUAUGAUCACUCUUGGAGUUUCAUAUUUCUUCGCCGAAAUGUGGUUUGGAAUCGUCUUUGCAAUUCUCGUAGAAAUUGUACCUCUUAGUGUAAGAUCCACAACAGUUGGAAUUUUCCUAUUUGUUAUGAACAAUGUGGGAGGUAAUUUGCCAAUAUUGGUUGAGCCUACAAGGAAAGUAAUUGGAUUCAGGGAAUCUCUUUACAUUUACUACGCUGGCUUCUACGGCAUCAGUUCAGUGAUGUUCCUCUUCACCAUGUUUUUAAUGGAUGGUCCUGUGAAGGAGGACAAGACAACAGAAGCAGGAUCAGGACACGAUAACAGAACCUACAUGGAUGAUGAAGGUCGUUCCUCAACUUUGGAACUACCAAGAUUACCUGCCAGGACACAGGAGUUUGAUGACUCCAGGUUAUAAAUUAAAAUCAGAGUCCACUUCCAAAGAAAAUCCCUGUGAUGUCCAGAAGUCAGGAGAAAAUAAGACAAUAUUUUCAACAUUCGACUGCUGAACGAAAAAUAAUAUAUAAUAAUAAAAAAGUCCGAAAGGGUUCGCAGAAUUCAUUGAAGCAGGACCACGUACCGAAAAAUAUAUCUCGCUGCCAAAAGAUUCUGAAGAGUUCGAAGCUAUAUUUUAAAUUUGACUUCGAAAUCCGGAGGCAACAAAUAAUGAGAAUUUUUUGUCUAUGAGUUGAAUCUGAAUUCAUUUUUACUCCUUUAUGAUUCAAAUCGAUAUAUUUUUAUUCGAAGAAGCUCAAGAUUUUCAAUCUAUACUCUUAAAUUGAGCAAUAUUUUUUGUAUUCUGAUGAAAAGUAUUAUAUUAAAAAAUAAGUUUAGAAUAAUUAUUCCUGGCGUUAUUUUAAAUUGAGAGAAAAAUUGAAUGAUUAGCCGAAAGAGAGUCAAGUGAUGUCAACGUAACUCUGCAAAAGUUUUAGGGUUUCAAAAUGACAAAUGUUCUCUUGGUUAAAAAGCCCGGUCGGUUUCCUCUGAACUCUUGCCAAGAUAAAAAUCUUACUCGUUUCAAUCGAAAAGUUUUUAUCCUCAUAAAGCAAACUGGGCGUUCUUAAUCUUCAUCUACAUCCUUUGUAAUUUUAUUUUCUUUGAAUUUCCUCCUACAAAUCUGUAUAUAUUUUUAGAUGUUAUUUAAUUAACUUUAGUUUUUGAGGAAA